AUGGAGGCGCCCGAAUUCGACGCUGUCAAUGGCUCACUGAAGAAACGGUCAAGUGGUGGAAGCAAUACAGGUAUUCUCUACGGACUGCGUCGUGCCUUUUUCAACCUCCUUAGACCCCCACAGCCAGCUCUAUCACCGUCAAAGGUCGUUCAUCAACGAAAGAACAUGACUCUCCCAAGAAUGCCCCAGGCGGAUGUCGAUGCAGAUGCUCAGAUUCUUGUCACCGAACGUCUUCUUUCACCAGUUUCAAACACAAGUCUUCGUCAAUUUCACAUCUGCUCGGCUUAUACGCAAACCCCGGAAUCUGUUCGAACUGAGUUUAUCGAGCUCGACAGGUUAUCGGGCGGCGGUGGCGGCGAAGUGCUGCCACAUGACGCGACGACCCAGGGCAAUGGUCAUGCCUUUUGUGCUAUACCCCUGGAGUUGGACACUUUCUGCGACCACUGCAAUCAGCCCAUUUGGGGUCUUGGCUGGGGACCAGUAUGUCAACGCUGUGCAGACUGUCACAUGACCUGUCACUGGUUAUGCAAAGACAAGGUCAGCAUACCAUGCGAGUCUAGCCCACCACCAGCCCGCACUGCCCUCGGCGACAGCAGUGGAGAUAGUGAAGGAGAAAAUGUCACCCAUUCUCGCAAGGCGACCCCGCCGACACCUCAUCAGAACAUUUUACGAUCCGCUACCCAGAAUGGUGCGUCACGUGCACUUUCCUUGAGUGUUGAUUCGAGCGAAGAGGACCAAAGGCUAGUCGAUGAUGACCGUCAACGCUGGCCUACCGUAGACGUGUCCGCUGCUGCCGACGGACCGCUCACUCAAGCCCUUCCAUUGGCUAAGGGUGAUGGUAGACGACUCCAAGACCCUAACGACUCGGUCACUCCUUCCUCUCGCACUAUGCGACCGGCCUCCCAGUUCAGUCUGUUUGCUUCAUCAUUUACUGACAGAAGUUUGGAUCUAGGUCAAGUCUCCGAGGAACCAUCUCCGCCACCCCAAGGUGCUGUUGAAGAUUCCGGCAACUUCAGGACAGCCCGACACCAAUCAAUGCUGCAACCAAGACGUCGGCACCGCACCCGCCAACUGUCCGAGGUAUCGAAUCGCCGCCACACCACCAAUGGCUUAUCCCUGAACUCCACCACCGCAGUUUACGACAUAAGCAGUCUGGAUCAGCGCGACAUCAUUCAACGUGGCAUCUCGGUGUGGCACUUGAGUCCCACGGCGACAAAGCAGAAGCCGCCUACCGUCGAGCCCAUCGUCAUGAGCACGAGGAUGCAGGCCACACAGACAGCGGCGGCAACUGGAUGCCAGACUGGCUGUGAGGAGAUCACCUACGCUAAAGUCACAAUCGGACCUCUGAAAGCCGCGCUGCCAUGGAAGCCUAUGGAGCUUGCAAGGCGACUCGACAUCUUCAAUGGCAAUGAAUUCGGACUCACUGCUAAGAUGAUUCCCUCAUUGCCCCCCGGUGACUGCGAGGGUCAGGUGCGCGUGCAUAUCAACCUCAUCCGUCCCAUCCGCAUGCUUCUCACUUCCCGGCCGCCUUCCAUCUUCGAUAUUGUCAACAAUGACGCUGACCUCGGCUCCUCUAGCGACGAGGAAAAGGAGGACGUUUGUGUGCCCUCAGAGAUACCCCCUCCAGGUCCUGUCAGACUCCGAAAUAAGGUCCCUCCACAAGUCUCCUCCUUCCGGCUUCCGCGUGGUAGCUCAAAGCUGCUGCAUGUCCGAUUGUCAACGACAGCCAGCCAGGUGAUAAGCAACCUUCUAGCUCGUUUUAAUAUCGACGACAAUCCACAGAAAUUCGCACUUUAUGAGCACACCAUCAUUGGAGAACAUGAGGUAUCGGUACGAAAGCUAUUUGACGACGAAUCACCAUUGGGCCUUUUGCUGCGUUGGACUUUGGACCAGUCGGCUGACUCCGGAGGGGAGGCAGCCUUGGAGUUGCAUCGCGAUCACUUCAACCGUGUGCUCGCCAUCAAGCGAAUCGUGCUUCAAGAAAACGAGACCGGCGACAUUGAGUGGACAUGUUUCUCCGAGGCUGAACUGCGCACGUUCCUAGGCAUCCUAAAUCGCGAGGAGGCUGACUACCGCCGACGGAUAGAGAUGAAAUACCAAAUUCGCAAGCGUGAGAUCCUUAGGCUGAUGAAUCUGCGAUCCAUGUGCCACCGGCGGGCCAAUGGCAACGCACAAUCGGGUACUUGCGUAUCCAAAAAUGGUACCUUAACGAAAGCCUUUCCAGGUGUCGAGCCGAGUUCGCAUAACUCGGUAAUUGGUGACGAUGUUCGCGUGAGCAGUGAUGGCGACGGAAGCCCUGGUGUAGCGACAAAUUCCACCACCACCUCCACCCCCGACCUCUCUGCUCCAGCUUCCGUGGAAGUAAGGCCUGCACUGAGUUCAAGUCAAACCGAACUGGUAGCAAAAGCUCAUCGGUCGAAAAAACGAAGGCUGAAGUCAAAGAAGAAAUUGAAGAAAUCUGGGCUAAUGUCUGCAACUGCUGGUGAUAAGGAGAUUACCUCAAAGUCCCCGAAGGCCAAAUCACCCAGGUGGCUCAAGAAAAAGAAAUAA